AUGGAUUUAGAAGAUCCAAGAAAUUUGGAACUACAUGAUUUAAACUUGAAUGACGACGAAGAAGUAGAAAAUAUAAUGAUGCGUGCUCCUAAGCGAUAUUUCCGUGAUUACCAAAAUCCUUUUGAAUUUUACAAUGACAAAGAAUUUAAAAGAAGAUUUCGGUUCUUCAAAAAUUCACUAGUUUUCAGUGAUAUAAUAACAAUAUCGCAACCAACAAUUUCACGAAUUGUAUUAAGAGUGUCUAUUUUAUUGGCCAGCUAUAUUAAUCGAUAUAUAAAAAUGCCAUCAUCAGAAGAAUCAUUUGCUGAGAAUAAACGAUUAUUUAAAGAACUUGGACGUGGUAAUGGAGGUAUAGGCUUUCCUAGUAUUGAUGGUGCAAUAGAUUGCACACAUAUUCGUUUAACGCAUACAAGGCUCCAAAAUAUUGAUGAAAUUUAUAGAAACAGAAAAGGUUAUUUUUCUUUGAAUGUUCAGGCUAUUGUCGGGCCACGCACUGAAAUUUUAGAUAUUGUUCCAGAAUGGCCAGGUAGUCAGCACGAUAGUCGAAUCUUUCAAAAUUCUCGCAUAUUUAUGCGAUAUAAGCAAGAUCAAUUAGAUGGGAUGCUUGUUGGAGAUGCAGGAUAUCCUGCAUUGCCUUUUUUACUUACACCAAUUAAUAAUCCUACGACAGAUGAAGAAAUAAGUUAUAAUAUCAUUCAUAGAACAAGAAUAAUUGUAGAAAGAACAUUUGGUAUAUGGAAACGUAGAUUUCCCUGUUUAUCAAAAGGGCUUACUACAAAAUUGUCAACGUCUACAUCAAUUGUUGUGGCAUGCGCUGUUCUUCAUAAUCUAUCAUUGAUUUUUAAUGAUAAGUUAGACGAAGAUGAUAAUGAAGAAUUGGAAGAUAUAAAUAACGAAAUCCCUCAAAUUCCGCCUCACUGGCAGCCUGGAGAGGGCUUUCUCGUAAGAACUGCUCUUAUCGAACGACUUUUCAGAUAA